UUGGAAUGAGGUUUUGUUUUGAAUAUCUGGCAACGUCGUUGUUAUUUAACUUCUCUUAAAAACAUCUGAUUUUAUUUAUUAAAAUUUGUAUUAAAAAGGGAAAUGUUUACUAUAAGAACAGUACUCCCACGUGGGGCGCAGCUCGCUGCAUGCCUUGGUAGUGCAACCCGUCAAAUCCACCUGCCAGGAAAAAGCAGAUACAUCGCCGGCUCCUAUGGAGCACUACAAAAACAACACCAUCAGCUGCAACAGCAAAAGCUACCAAGCAGGUGGCUUGCCGCUAAAUCCGACGGAUCGGAGGAUGAACUGCAGCGUAUAUAUUACGGAACUUUGGCUCCCCGCAUGAAGCUGGUCAAGUUCUUUUCGCUGAGCACGAGUCUUGCCGGAUUGGCUGCUCAGCCGAUUCUCCUGGAGCAGGGAAUGAAAAUCGGCGGGACAGGAAUGGCGGUUUUCCUCUGUUCCGUUGGGGGUUUCUUCACUUUUGUAACUCCUUUGCUUCUGCACUUCAUUACCAAAAAGUAUGUGACGGAGCUGCACUACAAUCCACAAACGGAGGAAUACACGGCCACCACAAUUUCAAUUCUUCUGCAGAAAAUAAAGACAAAGUUUCGACCCAAUGACGUUGUGGUGCCAGAGGUCCCCGGUAUGUUCACCUCCUUUUUGGUCAAUAAGCGACCUUUAUUUGUGGAUCCCGCUUUAUUCGAUGACCCUGAACACUAUGUAAAAAUCAUGGGAUAUGAUAAGCCUGUUGAUUUCAAACUGGAUUUUAGUGUCAGGGAGGAUAAGACUGCGAAAAGCAAGGAGCAGCAAUAAAUGUUGAUUACCAAAAGCAA